UUGAAGAAACUUGGAAAUCUAUGAUCAACACUUUUAAGCUGGAAAAAGAUGACUGGUUCAACAGAUUGUAUGGUCUUAAAGAAAAAUGGUGUACAGCUUUAAGUAAAGAUUUUUUUUUCUGCCGGUAUACUUUCUUCACAAAGGAGUGAAAGUACAAACCAUGCUGUUGGAUUUAAAGCAAAUAAAAUUACAACAUUAACAGAGUUCUAUAGUAUUUUUCAAGCUACAAUAAAUCGAUGGAGAAAAAUCGAAGAAAAAGACGACUUUGACUGUACAAGGGGAAUACCUACUUCAGAGCUAAGUAUGAGUGCUAUAUUAAAACAGGCAGCAAAUGUAUACACGAUAACACUUUUCCGUGAUUUUGAAGAAGAGUUCAAGCUUUCUGUGGCAAGUAGUACAAUGUUCAAGGGAAGUGUUGGAAGAACAGUGUUUUUUGAAGUGUGGAUAGAAGGAAUAACAGGAUCAAGGCAAGAAGUUCAAUACAAAAUGGAAGAUUCAACCGUCACUUGCACAUGCAAAAACUUUGAAGAAUCUGGAUGGUUGUGCUUCCAUUGUUUGAGAAUAUUGCAUUUACAUUCAAUCAAUACAAUUCCAGAUCGUUACAUAACAACAAGAUGGACUAGAUAUGCAAAGAAACAGAUAUGGGAAAGGGUUGAUACAAUAAAAAGGGAGAAAGGUGAAAUCAACAAUUUUACUGGUUGGAGAUUACAUAUGAUCAGAAGAUACUAUAACUUAAUUUUGAAAGGGCAUAAGAUAGCAAAGGCCAGAAAAUUUAUCGAGGAGAAGUUGAUGAAAUCAUAA